AUGCCGAGUUAUAUCGUGUUUGACGUUAAGACAAGAAAAGUAAUUAUAAUAUGUACGGUUAUAGGAUUUCUUAUGUUUGCAAUAGGAAUUGGAAUCGGGUACGCUUCACGAAAAGGUUCGUCAAAUACGGAGUCACCAACUGCAAGCGUUGCCAAGUCAAUCCGUGCUACGUGUAGUGGUCCAGCGGCCCAGACGCCCUCUGGAAAACUUUUCUUCGACCGAUUUGUGCAAAGACACAAUGAAAAGUAUGCAUGUGUUAAAACAAAGGAAGAAUGUUGGAACUUGGGAUUGCCCAGAAAUUAUAUCGCUUACCACUUGAAUGGCAAAACAAUCACGAUUGAUGGGAAAUUAGACGAUGAUGCUUGGAAAGAGGUGCCAUGGAGCGCAACUUUCGUUGACAUGCGCAGUUCAGUUUAUCCAAAACCAUAUCUAGAUACGAAGUUCAAAAUACGAUGGGACGAUGAAAGAAUGUAUGUAGGUGUUUAUGUACAAGAAAAGAACUUAUGGGCGACACUUACCACACAAGACGCGGCGAUCUUUAAAGAAAAUGACGUCGAAUUUCUUAUGGACGUGGAUGGGUCUUUGUUCAAUUUCAAACAAAUGCAAAUUAACGUCUUGGGUACAAUGAUGGAUCAACUGUUCUAUAAAUCUCCCGGGGAUGAUGUGCAGGUAAAGUUCAAAGACUGGCAUCCUGACGUAAGGAAAGCAGUUUACGCAGACGGUACUGUAAAUACACCAGGUGACGAAGACAAAUACUGGAGUAUUGAAGUCUCGCUUUCGUUUGCGAAACUUGCCGAAAGGUCACAGCGCACGCAGCCAAAUCCCGUCGAGAACGAGGCUUGGUUUAUACAAUUUGGAAGAUCUGAACAAAAUUUGACAGUUGAGAAUGGGCACUACAAAAAAGUUCCAGAAUCUAAAACGCAGUGGUGGUCAUGGCAACAAUGUGACACCAUUAAUUUACUUUUACAAGACCGCUGGGGUUUGGUGCAGUUCAAGAAAAACUUGUCAGACAAGAAGUUUCGUUUUGAUAGAUGGCAUAUUUACAAAGCCUUGUUUGAUAUGAGGGAUGCUAUGAAGAAAUUUCAAUCUAUUAAUGGGAUAAGCACAACUAACAUAGAGGAGCUGGAUGUGCCGCCAUAUUUAUUGUCAGGAACUUGCGUUGAAGUUCCCAAAAUAAAGUAUACUUACAGAAAUAAUGUAACAGCAUUCAACCCGGUUACAAAUCCUAUAACAGGUUUUGUGGUAACCGUGAAGUCGAAGUUGAUUUCACAUAAACCGGCACACAUCCGGUCCGAUAGAUAUGUCACAUUCCAGUAA